AUGGAUCACAGUAGGGACCCUUUUCCGGCCUUGAUGAUUCAAUUAGCAAGAGAAACAAGUGGCACACCCUCCAUUCAGGAGUCGGAUGAUUCCUUGGAUACAAUCCCAUCUGGUUCGGAGUACGAGGCUUCGAGUUCUCCCUCCCCAGAGCCACUCCGACAGAGCACUCGUUCUCGUCGCAUCACUGAUCAAGCUCCAAGCACUCCUGUUAGACCAACCCGAGUUCGAUUUUCCCUUGGAAAGACUUCUCAGAAGCACCUACCUGCAGCGAGUCCCACUGUUUCUUCUGAUACCCCUGCUUCUGUCAUAACUCGCAAUCGCCAGACUGAUACAGAUCCCGUAAAUGCAAAGGGACGUUUAAAGAACGCGACUCCCGCUAAGGAUUGUUUUCAAGAGACAUCGGGAGGCCACCCCAGACUGAGCACAGCUUUGGAUUCUAUGAAUGCAAACAGCUCCCCCAAUGACUCGACUCCUUCACUCGACUCCGAUUGUUCCUCGCAGAAUAGAGAGUCCUCUUUCGUCCCUGGGUUCAAUAUGGAUCCUCCUAAGCCUAGUACUUUCAGCACAUCUCAUGGGUCUUCUUCUGGCUACGACAAGGCCUCCACUAGUAUCAACCCUACUUCAGAGCUCCCAACUACCAGUGCAUCUCCCAGGACUCAUUCAAGCCCUGACGAAGCUCCGUUUGGCUACAGCGGUUACCGGUCUCCUCUUCGGGAUUACGUCUUUUCUACUCCCCCGGACCCUUCAACACAUCCUCCAAGGGAUCCCGACCUGGAUCCUUAUAUGGACCCUCAUCAGCCAUAUGGCUCAGCGGUCAUGUCAGGUAUUACCCCCUUUGAAGACCUGAAUGUCCUUCCCUCCACAUUCAUGUACCCCGGAGAGACUUCCGACAACAGCAAUUGGAUCACCGACCCAAUGGGUGUCUACACCCCCGAGGAGUUUGAGCGCAUCAUAGCGUCUGAGCAGGAGGUCCUGCGUGAAAUGGGCGAUCCCCAUGUCGAUCCACCGCAUAUGUUUUCCUGGGAAGAGCAGCGAUGUAUGAGAAGACGCCUUGCUCCGGAUGUUCUCGCUGCUGAGAUGAAAGCUGCCGUUGAUGCGAUAGAAGCUGAAAAUGCUGGCGAUGAGCGUCUACAGCCUGGAUAUUGGAAUUCUAUCGGUCCCCCUCAGCAUUAUCCCACCGAGGCUGAUGCACCUGGGUCUUCUCUCACUCAGCAUCCUCCGGCUCAACUGGAGCCUGAUGAACCCGCUCAUACUGAAUCUUCUUCUGCUCAAGCUACCUCUCCUGAUCUCAGGGAAGCGUCCGAGGUCCCAAGUCAGACCCUGCAGUCAGUGGAGGAGACAUUCCAAGUCUCAGCCGUGAAGCGUGCCCGAGACAGUUCACCCGAGACGAAGACCUCGACCUCAGACCUAUCAACCACGGCUUCAGCAAGAACGUCAGUUUCGGUCCAGCGUCGCAGCAUCUCAUCCAGGGUCAAGACCACGAGCCCUUCGGCUACGUCAACUUCAACAUGCCGCCGUUCUCAGAAUGAGCCUGUAACGCCUGCGCCUGCCUCGACACCAUCCCGCCGUAGUUUGAGAAUCAGCCGAAAGGCCGAGCUGGGUACUCCAGCGCCUCAAGUCACCGUCUCCUCGCGCCGUCUGCGCAGCGCUGACGUCAACCCCAGCUCCAGCGCUAGGAAGAUUGGCAAGGGCAACGCAACCCCAGAUUCAUGGGAGACAGCACCUAUCGCAGACAAGAUGAUGUCCCAGAUGAAAGAGACGACGACGAUGUCGUGGGGGGUUAUCACCGCUACAUGGAAUGAUAACCGACCUGUCCAGGACAAUAUCAUGACAUGGCGAGCAGUGAGCAAGCGAUGGGGACGGAUUAAGGAAAAGAUUGGUGUUUGGCCUGGUUUCGACGAGGUUCUUCUGGAAAACUUGCGUGAGUUCGAUUCGGAGCUGAACAACGAUGGCUUUUUGCAGAUUGCCGAUCUUGUUUCGGCUGAGCUUGGUUGGGAGAUUCCCGCCGCAGUUUGCCAGCGUCGAUACGAAUUCCUUAAGGAGUCUGAUAAGCUCAAUUUGAAGGGUAAGGGCAAGGCUCGAAAGUAA